AUGGACUCAAAUAAUCAUUUCAACUAUGUCACCCAAUCCUCAGCAAACUCAGGACUGAAACUUUCCUCAGGGGAUUCUCUUUAUACUAACGGGUCCUCCAUGAGUUUUUCUCAACAGGGCAAGAAUAUGAAUGGCGAAAUGAAUGUGAAUGGCGUCACUACUGUACUUGGGUCCAGUGGGUCUGGUUCCCACCCACCAUCAGCUCCUUAUCCACACAUGAGCAGCCGGCACCAGAGCAGCAUGGGCUACGACUACCUGUGGGGCGGACACCCUCAGUACGGCCCGGGCAUGGGCACCUCCUCUGGGCACGGGAUGCUCCAGAAGCAGCCUGCCCCGGGGAUGGUGCUGCCGCAGUCGCAGCACCACUUCCAGGGUCACGGACAGUACCAACUGAACGGGGGGGUCGAAAGCUCCCACCAGCCGCCCGUCGCAGGACCUGCAAACAUUCCUCUAACUGGGAGUCAGUACUGGAACCGGAAUAACCCCGGCCCGCAGCAGAUGGGUUACAACUCCCACAGCAUGUACGGGACCUACCAGAGUCAGGCUCAUCCCGGGAUUACACCGUCACAGCAUCACCAGCAGCAGCCCUUACAGCAGCCUGCGCAUCAGCCCUCUCAGCAGCACCUGCACUCCCACCGUCAGCCACACCAUCACCACCAGCAGCACCAGCAGCCGCAGCAUUAUGGCGUGAUGCCCAACGGGAUGCCCUACUACCAGCAUCAGCCCCAGCACCCCUCCCUGUCCUCUCCUCAGCCGCCGCCGCCACAGCAGGCCCAGCCUCAAGGCCAGGCUCAGAUGAUGUCCCCAGCUGCCCAGAAUUUCACUCCUCCGCGCGGCAGCCCGCAGCACCACGCUCUGGGCCGAGGGAGCUCCGGCAGCCCCCUCCCAGUGGGGAUGCCAUCAACGCCAAUUAUUCAUUCGCCGUCAGCCGUUCAGGAUAACGGAUCACCCAAGGGCCACAGCAGGGAGCGGAGCCCCCACGCCAGCAAUGUGGGAAUGUCUUCUCCAGGAAGAGGGCAUCCGAGAGAGGCUGUGAAGGACCUGGAUGCAAACUAUAAAAACAACGAAAGAGGCCCCGUUUCCCACAGGCCACCUAAGACGGACAUCUUCCACCCCAAACCUUCCGCGGCUCACGCGGGUCCUCAAAGUGAAUACCCUCACCAUUCAGACCAGCCAGCCGAAAUGACCUCCCCCGUCAGAGAUCCAGUUGUAUACCCUCCUCCUCCUCUUCAUCGUCGGUGUGGGUCGUCCCCGCUCUCUGCAUCAAACCCAGGAGCGUCGGUCCUUCUGACCAAGGCCCCAGCACCACCGCAAGUCUCCUCUGCCCCCGGACCCUCUUUGGUUUUGUCAGAAUCUGCUCCCCUGCAAAUGUCCACACCUCCUAGAGCGUCCUUUAGUCCAUCUGCGGUGGCCUCCUCCAGACUCUCCUCGCCCCCCCUGAUGGUGCACGGCCUCAGGACUCCCAUCUGCGGUGCAGCUGAGGUGUCCCCCGUGGGAUCCAAGCGGCUGUCGGAUGGAUCUUUGUCCCCCCUGCCCGCCUCACCUUCAAAGGUGCCUGCUCCUUUUGGUUCGACCGAGGGUGUGACUAGACCUGGAGCAGGGUCUUCAGGACCCCCGGCCUCCUCUUCAUCAGAGUCUUUGCUCCAUCACACAAAGUCUGUACCUUCUGCAACCGUUUCCCCUCUCCCUGUCGCCCCCACUGCUCCUCACUCUGCCUCCGCCUCACCUCCGGAGAUGCAGACGAUUCACGGGUCCAAGCCGUCUCUGACAACCUGUGCCUCCCAUGCAUCUGGAGGUCAGCAGGAGACACCAGCCCCCCCGAAGCUGAUAUCUGCUCCUCCGCCCGGGACUGUAAAUUCCUCCUCUUCCAGUGUGGCUCAGUCUCAGACGUCAGCACUUAGAGCUUCAGCCUCGCCGGGGUCUUGUUUGACAACGCCUGCAUCUCCUUCACCACAAACUCCUCCAGGCGGCAGCAACCUUUGUGACUCAGCACCCACACCCCAGGGUCGGACAUACACUCUUCCAGCUGUUGACGCGGGUCUUUCUUCUGCUUCUGCGGGAGGGGUGAGUUCAGCCUCCCCAGAGGUCCAAGACAGCCCCACAGCCAGACCUCUGUUUACCCUACCUCUUCUUACCACUCAAGCCUCCAGGACUGCACCCGUGUCCUCCCCUCCUGCCUCUGUGUCUGUGCCUCCUGCAGCGGGUACGGCCUCCAGAGCGGUGCGUGGCUCCAGCUCUGAGCAGCAUCCUUCAAGCACCACCAGUCCACCUCCGGCGACGCAACCGUCUCCUGAGUUCGACCGCCACGGUUCCAGCGACGACGACAACGAAACGCCAGGUAAAACAAAUGGAGAAGAAGAAGAAUUCCCGCCGCAUUUCGAUCCGGGAUCAAACGUGACGCCGCUAGUGGAAGCGAACGAGACGAAAAAGACAGGUGUCAGCCCCAAAAGAUCCCUCGCCGAUCUCCCAGGACAGUCCCCCCAGAGCGGCGGCGCUUCUUAUGAAAAUCUCAAGAAUAAACGAGCGGAAGUGGAGAAGCGGCGCGAGCAAAGCGAUGUCGGAUCGGAGGACGGAGACUCGGAGCUGGAGGCAUCUCUGCUGGGGAAGUCCCCACAGCUUAACAGCACAAGGGUGCAGCAUCUGGCCGAAGAACAAAGUUUUGAUAAUUCUUCUCACACAGCCUCUCAUUAUGAUGGCGAAUCAACGUGCGACACCCCCUCUGGAAUCAAUGUCAGCUCUGUCUUGGAGACGACUUCUCUUUUAGAUGGCGACAGCUCAUGCUUGGGUGACUCCACUCACUUUGACCACAGCUUGUCCAUGAGAGAGAACAGCUCUCAUUUUGAAAGCCAGUCCAGUCCGAACCCGGAGCAGUCCACCUUUAACAGCAACACCAGAAACAGCAGCUUUUCUGAGGGAGACUCCGGAGAUGACACCAGGAACUCAACCAGGGAAGAAGAAACCUCUGAGGUGGACAGGACAAGCAGCUUCCAAAUGACAGGAGAAUCCAUGCUGGGGUCCUCUUUGACCAACACUUCUCAGAUAGAAGAGCCCCCUGCCGACUCCAAUUUAUCCAACUUGCCCUCAUCUGUCUGCUCUGAGCCAGCUGUUCAAGACCCCGAAGCACAGUCGGAGCCAAAAGGACACGACGCACCAGACUCGGCCGGGCACAAAAAGAGCACAUCUGACGAGGCAGCCACACCCCCGGGUUUUAGGAUGCGAGAGGAGAACUUCAUCACUUUCAGCACCCCAGUGGAGAGCCCUGCUGUACACCCACUCCAGCCGGUAGCUGAGCAGACGGGGCCGGCCGCCGCAGGCCCCCAGAGAGCCACAGGGAAAACACGCAGGCCUCGAACUCCCAAGGCAACGGCGGUUAAAACCCCGGUACCAGUGGAGCGACAGCGGAAGCCUCGGGUGCGAACUCCAAAAGCGGAGGUGAAGACUGGUGAAGCUGCAGCCGCCAAACAAGGAGCGAGGGGUAGGAAUAGGAAGAAGGUUCUCAAGGCGGACGUCAAAGAGACGCCAGACGCGUCGGGGGAGACGGGGCCGCUCACCCAAGAGGUCGAUCCAAUAACCGCCGCGAUUGAAGCGGUUCUGGCCAACGCCGCCGCUCUCAGCGCAGCCGCCCUGAAACCCAAGAAGGCCAAACGGGCCAGAAAACAAGAACCGGACGGGAGCGGGCAGAAACGGGAAGCCGACGCGUCCGCUGAGGUGGAUGAAAACGACGACGACAGCUCCACCGCGGGUAAUGAAGCGGCUCAGGGAGAGUCGACCAGAAGAAGGGUUGCAACAGAAGAGCAGGUCCAGUUCCCUCUGGUGCACGGUUGGAAGAGAGAGAUUCGUGUGAAGAAAAUGGAGAACCGCAUGAAGGGUGAAACCUGGUAUUACACUCCUUGUGGAAGGAGGAUGAAGCAGUUUCCAGAAAUAAUCAAGUACCUGAAGAGACACACGGACAGUGUGGUCACCAGAGAGCACUUCAGCUUCAGCCCACGCAUGCCCGUCGGAGACUUUUUUGAAGAGAGAGAAACGUCAGAGGUAUGUUUUAAAGUGAAGGAUGUGGCUCAAAACCUUACAAAUUACCUGGAACCGUGGCCUGAAGUUUUCGUCCCUGCCUCCAAUGUAUCACAGGGCAAGAAGUGGGUCCUUUUGGCCAAUGAGGAAGUCCCCUCUAUGAUAAUGGCCAUCACUGGCAGGCGUGGGCGACCACCGAACCCCGAUAAAGAGAAACCUCGCAGGGUUCGUGGCCUGAGGGGACCACAGGCCCGCCGCCCCGGUCGACCCCCUAAAUUAAAAAUGGUCGACCUCCUCAGCAAAGUUGAUGCCAAGCUGCUGAAGCGACUUGAAGCCAAGGAGGCUCUUACAGAGGAGGAAAAGGAGAAAUUGGCAAAAAUCAAAAAGAAAAUGAAAAGAAAGGCACGAAUGAAGAGAAGGGAGGAUGCAAAGGUCAAGAAGAUGAAAGAGGAAAAGAAGAAAGCCAAGCUGGAGCAGGACGCAAAACUCCUGGAGGGAAAGUCAGAGACCACAGACCCUGCAGCCCCCCAGCCCACAGCUUUAGAGUCGGAGCCCAAAAAGCCCGGCCGCAGGAGGUCGGUGAAGGCGGAUGCCGCCACACCUGUGCAGCAGGCAACCGGGGAAAGGCCCCCGGGCAAUAGAGCGCAGAGCGCCCGCAGCAAGGCCAAGGCCCUGGCUAAAGCCCAGGCAGAGGCCGAGGCAGCAGCCAAUGCUGCUCUGGCGGCUAAAAGGGCUUCAGAGCGGAGAGCUCAGGCCCAGAAGCGCCUGGAGGAGCGGAAGAGGCAGCAACUGAUCGCAGAGGAGCUGAAGAAGCCCACAGAGGACAUGUGUCUCACUGAUCACAAACCUCUUCCAGAGCUCUCCCACAUUCCCGGAGUGGUUCUUUCUGGGACAGCGUUUGCGCACUGCCUGGAUGUGGUGGAGUUCCUGCAUGCCUACGGAAAGGUGAUCGGUCUCAAUGUGCCUAAGGACAUCCCCAGCCUCGCCACCCUGCAGGAGGGGCUGUUAGGCCUGGGCGACAGCCAAGGAGAGAUCCAGGACCUGCUGAUAAAGCUGAUGGAGGCAGCACUGCACGAUCCAGGCCUGCCAUCCUAUUAUCAGUCGGUAAAGAUUCUUGGGGACAAGCUGGUUGAGUUGGAACUGACCCGUAGCACGGUCUCAGAGGUGGUUCGCAUCUUCUUGGAAUCUCACGGGUAUGAGACCGAGGUCUGCAACACGCUGAGGACCAAAACCUUUCACUCGCUGCCUCCCGACACCAAGGCAGCCAUCCUGGGUUUCCUGGUCGAUGAGCUCAACGGCAGCAACAUCGUGACGAGUGACAUCGACAACACGUUGGAAAACAUGGCAACCUAUCGGAAGAAUAAGUGGAUCAUUGAGGGGAAACUGCGCAAACUGAAGGCGGCGCUGGCACGUCGCACGGGGCGCUCGGAGGAGGAGCUGUGCUUUGAGGAGAGGAGGCGCAGCGCCAGAGUGGCGGAGGAGGAGACCCUCAGCUUGGAGGAGAGCGGAGUCGUUUUGGAGAGAGGAAGCCGACGCACGCGCAAGGAAGAGCCCAAACUCAGCGACAGCGAGAGCCCUUCCAAUGCCAGCAUUCCAGAGCUUGAAAGACAGAUAGAUAAGCUAACCAAGCGCCAAGUGUUUUUCCGGAAAAAGCUGUUCCAGUCGUCUAAUUCCAUGCGGGCCGUGAUGCUGGGUCAGGACCGUUUCAGGCGCAGAUACCUAGCCCUACCUCACCUGGGAGGAAUUCUGGUUGAGGGGCCUGAAGAAUUGCUAACUUCAGGAGAUGUCCUUGUUGCUGAGGUGCCUGUGACCUUCCUUAAAAAGGAACCCAAGGUUGAGGAGGUUCCCAUGCCGACCACUCCUCCUCCUCCUCCCCCUCUACCAUCGUCUCCGUCGUCCACCACCCCAGGUCAGGCCCAGCCCCUCUCUCCGGACGAGGACCCCCUCCCUGGGACUGCUUCGCUCAUGAGCACGCAGAGAGGCCGCGGACGGCCCCGGAAAAUCAAGCCCGAGGUGGAGCUUCACCUACGCACGGCAAAGAUCCGCCGCCGGCGCCGCAGCAGCGUCAGGUCUGCCGGGGAAGACGGGCCGGGGUCGCCCAACAGCUGCGUACAGGACCUCACCCAGGCGGCCUUCCAGAGCUGGCUGAGCCAGUCGCAGGAGGCCGUGACCAACGGCGCCUGCUCGGCGGCGGGCGACGCGCCAGAUGGCAACCAGCCGGAGGAGAGCGUGAAGGAGAUGGCAGAGAAGCAAGGACAGUGGUUCAACCUCCUCCCCAAACAACCCUGUGACGACAACUCUCUGACUGAGCCCCAGGCCCCUACGUCUCCCCGCUCGCCGCCUAAGCUCCUCCCACAGAUCCCGAGCACUCCACCUCCUGCUAACGCUCCACUCAUACAGCCGGAUCCACCGUUGCCUUGCCUGGCCCCGGCUGACCCCGCAGUGCUGGCGGCGCCACAGGACGGGACGGCCUCCGCUGACCACGCCGCCCCCGCCAGCUCUCCACCGACAAUUCCUGAGCUUUUGCCUGCUCCCGUGGCUCCCCCACCCCCAGCCGCUCCCGCCACACCGGUCAGGCCGGCCCGCAGGCGGAGGCGAGGCAGCAGAGGCAGCAGUCCCGCCCGGCGGGGGCCCAGAGGAGCUGCGGCCAAACGCCGUGGCCGCCCGCCCAACUCCGUGUUCCAGGAACUGGAGCAGCAGUACUUCACACAGCUGGUGGUCAAACCCAUACCGGCAUCGAUGGUGCGCGGCUGGUGGUGGAUUAAGGACCCAGAGGAACUGUACAGCAUCUUACAGGCCCUCCACCCAAGAGGCAUCAGGGAGAAGGUGCUCCAUAAGCAUUUGGCCAAACACAUGGAGAGCCUCGCUGAGAUGUGCACCAAACCUAUCAGCGACCCAAUAUUUGAGUCGAAGGUGGAGGAGAAAGACGUCCUGCUGGAGGCUCUGCAGCAGCCCUGGCUGGUGCAGGAGAAGGCGAUGGAGGCGGACGUCAGCGCCCUGCAGUGGGUGGAGGACCUGGAGCAGCGGGUCAUCGGCGCCGACCUGCAUCUGAAGGCGCCGCCUCAGAGUGCGGUGAAUGACGCUGAGACAAACACGGAGACGCCGCUGGCUGAGUUUCAGCCCUACACCAUCCCAGACCCAGACUCCACGCGCGAAGACCUUCUGUACUACGAGCACGACGUGGACCCACGCGACGACUGGAUCGUGCGGACAAAGAAGGAGUGGUCGGGCCUGCCCCGCAUCGCCACGCACCCGCUGGACCUGGCCGUGCUGCGGCUGGCCAACCUGGAGAGAAACAUCGAGCGGCGAUACCUGAAGGAGCCGUUGUGGAACCCCGCCGAAGUGAUGCGCCUGGCUCCCCUAACCCCCACCCCCGGAGAGGAGCACCCCAUGGACGUCAUCAGCCUGGAGAGUGAAAUCACCUCCCGCAUGCGGACGUGGCGGCAGGCUUUAGACCGCUGCCGCAGCGCCCCCCAGCUCUGCCUGUGUUUACUUCAGCUGGAAAAGGCCAUAGCUUGGGAGAGAUCGGUCACUAAAGUGGCGGAAGGCGAGUCCCAGCGGCUGUCCAAAACGCGCAGCAGAGUGAAAAAGAGGAGGUAUGAGGACGAGAGCUCGGAGGACGAGACGGCGCUGCGGCGCAGCAGCGGCGGCAUGACCACACGCCACAAGGAGGCAGCACCUCCCUCAUCUUCCCGUUACUCCGGAGAAGGAGGCGCCGCGAGUGGCGGCGGCGGCAGUGGCGGCAGCAGCAGCAGCAGCAGCAAGAGGCGCCGCAUGACGACACGCAACCAGCCCGACCUCACCUUCUGCGAGAUCAUUCUGAUGGAAAUGGAGGCUCACGCAGACGCCUGGCCUUUCCUCGAACCGGUCAACCCCCGACUGGUGCCGGGCUACCGCCGAAUCAUCAAGAACCCCAUGGACUUCCUCACCAUGAGAGAGAGGCUGCUGCAGGGAGCCUACUGCAGCUGUGAGGAGUUUGCAGCCGACGCCCAGCUGGUCUUCAACAACUGCGAGCUCUUCAACGAGGACACGUCAGAGGUGGGGAUGGCGGGACACUCGAUGAGGCGCUUCUUCGAGAGCCGCUGGGCGGAGUUCUACUCGGACAAGGACAAAUAGAAGCGUGCAACGACUGCCCUGAUGGUGGGGCUGUAGACCGUUGGUGCUGUCACUGUCCCAGUCACACUCUCCCUUUCUGCUAAGACUGCCGGGAGCUUGUUCCAGCUGUGUGUAUUAUCUCUUGUAUAGGUAUAUAUGUAUAGACUCUGGCUCUUUGUCUGUUAUUGUUUCCUCUAAAGGCCGAAUAUUUUCUAAAAGGCCCACAGCUGAAGUGGCUUGAACUUGUACCCAUUCCUCUUCAGAGUAAGAACAUGUUCCUUUCCACCCUCCACUUCUCAUGUCUCGUCAUCUCUGCCUCAGCACCUUGUCUCCUGUUUGCAUUCUCCUGUCAUGUCCUAUCAUUUGCCCCGUGUCACAGCGCAGCCUUUAGUGAACACCCGCUGUGGGCUGCCGACACGGCCUCAGGCCCCGAGUAUUUUAGCUCUGACACACUGAAGGUCAGGGACGGAUCACACUACUGCAGCCGGCCGCUGCAGACUGGACCUGCUCAGCACUGCUCCGCAACCAACCAGAUCAAAACUCCUCACCCAGCUCGGGCCGUUUAGUACCUGUUCAUUGGAAACGUAAUGUAAUGUGGUCUUAUGCCUAGAAGUAAUUUUUUGGCUCAAUAUAUUUUUAUUAUAUAUUCUAUAUAUAUAAAUAUAUAUAAAGAUUACAAUAGCUGGGAUUAUUUAAUAGCAAUAGCUUGUAGUGAAUGUGUACAGAUUACCUUAUAGAGAUGUUUAGACAAUUUAUGAGAAGGCCAGUCAAACUAAAACAAAUCUGUUGUUAGAUUGCCACGAGUAGAUGUAUAACCUCCACUUACACUUACAUUUAACACACUUUUCACCAAUGCACAUACAAGUAUACACACGAUUUUUGCACACAACCUCACACAACAACCCACCCUCUGCUGCUGUGUGAACGACACUGGUUUCAGAUACUGGAGGAUUUUUAGUUUUUGCGUUGGUCGGCCUCAGACUUGGAUCUCACCGUUCGUUUGCCUGUGAAGAGCAAAUAUUCAGCCAAUUCCACCCGAAUUGUCCAAAACCAAAAGGUCGCUUGUUUAGUUUUAAGCACCUGUAGAUAUUCUCGUUUGAUUGGACGUGCGCUGAAGGUUUGCUCUCACGCUGUAGUUGUGGUUCACGAGCAAUUUGAACAUUUGUGCUUGUCUGACACCAUAAAGUCUGCAGCCAAAUGUUUAAAGCUCGAUCUUAUGUCGAUGGCUCUUCUGACCAGAUGAAAACCAUAAAAGUGGCUACAGUAGACCGAAAAUAUCUUAUUUUAAAGGUUAGCAUUGCAGAUGAAUUGUUGUUAAAGCGCUGGGCACAUUCCUGCCCGGUUUCCUGUCUUGCAUUCCUUUUUAGCGUUUUUUUAUUUUUUAUUUUUAUUCUUUACAAGGGCCAAUGUACAACAUUUGCACGGCAUGGUUAGUGUGCUAUGAAGGCGACAGUUUGACUCCACAGUUGGGAUUUUAUUUAAACAUUUUUUCUUACACUGAACGCAAAUCCACCAAUAGGACGUAAACUUCAAAGUUCCUUAUGACAGGUAAAGGGACAAGGUUUUUUUUUUGUUUUUCUUCAAAAAAAAAAAAAAAGGAUAAAAAAGACAAAAACCAAAUGUGGUGUUAAGUGAAUUUUUAAUAAUGUACAGUUUUGGUGACUUUAAAUCUGUUCCUUUAUAUUUUUAGGACCAAUUCAUCAUUUUUAAGAGGAGGUAUUACAAGACUCUGUUGUAUUAAGGUGAUGUAACAAGUGUGCAUCUGUAGAAUGUACUGUGAGUUGAAUAAAAACACAUCUUGUAGAGAGUAUUUGUCUUCCAGUAGUAUGCUUCUUCUUGGGUUCAUUUCCAGGUCCUGCCUUUUUCGCUUGAGGGCUUCGUUCCAAAUGUAGUGUCGUUCUCAGGUGCUCCCGUCAAUUCGAAACAUUAUCCUGGUUUGCAAAUGCCUCGGAAAUCUAAAUAACUUGUGCUCGCAGACGUUUAAGAGCAAGUCAGAAAGAGUUGUAAUAGCAGAGAUCUGUUGCAGUGUUGGGUAGCGGCCGCUCCCUGUAGAGUCUUGUCCAAAGCACAUGCUGCUGGAAACGUCUUUCUGUCACCCCCAGCUGCUCCACUAUGCCAGAGCUUAUAUAAAGGAUAUAAAAAAA